CCACGUUUAGUUUUGUCUUUCCCCAAAGCCCACCUUUUACCCUACUAAGCAAGCAAAGCGCCUGUUCAGGGCUUAUCGCUCGGUAAGUCUACCGAUGCUUGCUACCCGCGUAGAAAGAAACUGACACGGAGACGGGCAGGGCAGAGAGACCAGCUGCUGCACGGAGGCUGUGCUGUGCGCCGGUCUGAGCACAUUCCACACGUUGUGUUAGUCUUCUGUUCCUUUCAAGGUUAUGCUGCGUUUAUUUUUAUUUUGCAAGGGAAGAACUUGAGCCACAGAGGCAAGGUUAGGGUUGAAAUAAAUAAACAUGGACGUUCAUCCUCCAGAGGCCGUGCGUUUAACUUCCAUGGUGUCUGAUGCGAGUCCGCUGGCUGAAGGCACUGGCUCCGCUGCAGAAGAUGUCAAUGUCACUUUUGAGGAUCAACAAAAGAUAAACAAAUUUGCACGGAAUACAAGUAGGAUCACAGAGCUGAAGGAAGAAAUAGAAGUAAAAAAGAAACAACUCCAGAAUUUAGAAGAUGCCUGUGAGGACAUCAUGCUUGCAGAUGACGACUGCUUAAUGAUACCUUAUCAGAUUGGCGAUGUUUUCAUUAGUCAUUCUCAAGAAGAAACACAAGAAAUGUUAGAAGAAGCCAAGAAAAAUUUGCAAGAAGAAAUUGACGCCUUAGAAUCCAGAGUGGAAUCAAUUCAGCGGGUGUUAGCAGAUUUGAAAGUUCAGUUAUAUGCAAAAUUUGGAAGUAACAUAAACCUUGAAGCUGAUGAAAGUUAAACAUUUUAUAAAAUUUUUUUAAUUUGUUUAAUAAACUUGAAUAUUGUUUAAAAUGAUAAUUUCCCUUCUUCAAAUGAAAUGGAAAGCAAAACUUUUUUUUAAAUUUUCAUUUAUUUAAUGGAAACUUGCCUAUUUUCACGUCUUGCUUAUUUAUUUUAUAUUUUUAAAAGAAGACAGUAUUCAUCUAUGUAUUUUGCAGAACAAUUAUAUCAAGUGUAGGGGCUUCGUGUCAUGUUAUUAAAAUCAGUUAAGCAGA